AUGCAUCGUAUGAUGGGGCCAAUUCCUCUAUUUCAGGGUUCUAGAUUGGCUAAUAAUCGCUUUACAGCAUUCGGCCAAAGCGCCACGUUAACGGCCAAGGAGAAAAAGUACAUGUCCAAUGUGGAGAAAGCACUGCAAAGCUUUGAAUCUGUGGAAGAAUGGGCAGAUUAUAUUGCAUUUUUAGCCAAAUUACAGAAGUCAUUACAUACGAAUCCUGAUAAGGAAAAUACAAAUUGGAUUCCUUAUGAUUUCCAAGUCUCAAUUAUGUUGUCCAAAUGUUUAGCACCGUCUUUACCCAGCGGUGUGCAUAAAAAAACUAUUGAAUUGUACUCAAACAUAUUCGAUAUAUUGAAGGAAACAAAUCUGAGUCAAUCCAUCACUCUAUGGCUACCUGGGAUUUUUCCUUUGAUGUCGUAUGCAAGCAUAAGUAUAAAACAGGACUUACUUAAUUUGUUCAGCAAUUAUAUUUGUAACGUUGAGCCUAUUUACUUAAGGUCUUGCUUCAAAUCUAUUCUUUUGAGUUUAUUACCAGCAUUAGAUGACACUACUUCAGAGUUUUUCAACCCUACAAUUGACUUGAUUGAGAAAUUGAAAAUACAGCUAGACGAUGUAAAUCAUUUUUGGCAAUGUAUUCUUCUUUCAAUCAUAACAUCUCCUGAUAAAAGAACAGGUUCCAUGGAAUAUUUGACAAGAAAGUUCCCAUUGUUUAAAGUUUUAGGAGGCACAGAAAAUCUAAACAAAGAUAUUGUUCUUGGAGAAUUGUCGCUUGAUGCCAAGGCAUGCUUGACUCCUAACUCAAGCUUACUUGUCAGGGCUUUUUGCAGAGCCAUAAGUGAUGAUAAUCUGUUUGUGCAAAGAGGGUUCUUUGACAUUUUAUUGAGUAGACUACCAUUAAAUUCUGCAGUUUUUCAAUAUCUUAUAAAUGACGAUGACAAGGAACUGUUAUUGUUACAUGUAACUAGUACUGUGAUGAAGAAAGAUAUGUCUCUAAACAGGCGUUUAUGGAACUGGCUGUUGGGACCAGAACCGUCUGUGGAAGAAAACCAGUCAGAUAGUACUCCCAGAACGUUGUCGAGAUCGGAAUAUUUCAAAAAAUACGGCUACCAGCCCAUUUUGAAGACACUAAAGCAACUACUCCUUAAUGAUACCGACAAACCAAAAUCUUCAGGUGAGAUAACGCAGGAUUUUAUUACCGUCUGUAGUAUCUCAAUUUCAAUUAUGGAUAGGUGGGAAAUCGGCCAGAUGCUCUUACCUCAAUUGUUUGUUUCCAUUUUGGAGAGAUCAAAACAUAUCUUUGAGCAUCAACCAUCCGACUUUGAAAAAAUCAUCAAAGUUUCCAAUGAACUGUUUGACGGUGUCGAAACAAAUAUUAUCUGGGCAAACAUUUUUGAGCUGAUUAGAAACAACCAACUAGAUCUCGUAUUGUUCAUUCUGAGGUACUACAACGUCGAAGACGAAGAGAUGUUGAUCACACAUAUUCCGAUGGUAUUACUAGGUUCCUUUGCUAUGUUCAAACUUGAUAUUAAAUGGAUUUGCUUAGUGGAAACCUUGAUCAAAAUGAUCCCGGAACGUGCAUUAUUACCGUUUGAAUUGACUCAAGAAGAAAUAGACUUAAACGAUGAAUAUAAAAAGAGCAUCGUCGACAACUUAAAUGAAUAUUAUUCGCUUGAUGACACAAAAACUCAGAGUUCCCCUAAAAGACCAUAUGAAAAUCUGCAGCUAUCUUCAUUGUAUUUUACAUUCAUAACCGACAUUAUCAUCAGAUGCCUAGAUGAUAAACAAUCGACAGUAUUUUUGAGAUCAUGUAAAAUUUUUGAGAGUUUUAUGCAGAUAGUGCCUUCGUCUAAGGAAAUUUCGAACUUGUCGAUGGUCAAAGAUCUGGUUAUGAAAAUGGGGCGAGAAAUGGAAAAUGAUGUUGAAUUAUCAUUUGGAGCUUCUACUCUAUUUAAGUACAUUGCCAAAGACAUGAAUAAAUUAGAAAUGAUGCAAUUACUGAAAAUUAUUGUACAAUCUUUAUGGAGCAUACUUGGAGAUACUGAGGGACUUUAUCAAGUUGAGGCUGUUGAGAGACUAUGGAAUUUGGAAAUGAUUGUAGGAUCGUCUUAUUUAGAAGGUGCAAUUUGUGAGUUGUUGCUUGAAUCAGAAUUUGAGAAAAGAGUACACGAUUUUAACGUAAUAUGGACACACUUGAAUAAUGACCGUCAUGAAUCUUUCUCUAUUUUGAAAAAACCCCUAUAUCUAAUUCUAGAAGAGCUGGAGAAUGACGUUUAUAUAUCCAACAUUGCUAAAUGGAUCAAAUCAACAAACAAUUCAGGAACAUUAAAUAAAAUUUUUAGAAUUAUAUGCAUGGAAUUAUUCAGCAAUGAAAUUCUACAUGAAACAGCAGAGUUAAUUGAUUUUGAUAAAAUCUCGUAUGAUCUUCAAAUAAUUCAUAAUUUGUUGAAGCUAGAUAACGACAUUCUAAACAAUUUUAAAUUUGAGUUGUGCGUUAUAGACAACAAUAAACAGUUGGAGUUUAUUAGGUCGAAUAAGUGGGAUUUUUCCACCUAUAAAUCAUUUAUGAUAAUUGUUCUUAAUAAAUUUUUGGAUACUAAAAUUACAAGUGGGGAUGCAAGUGAGCUAAAAUAUCUCAAAAUGUCUUUGAAAUUGCUCAAUCUUCUGAUCGAUGGAACAGAACCGAACUUUAAUUCCAUCUUUAUUUCUUUGAUUGAAAAUUGCCAAAAGAAUUGUCUUUCAGAAUCCAACUUGCAGAAAAGUGCAAUCAAUUCAUACUAUCUCGAAACGAUAGUAAAAAUGGUAAAGCUCUCAAGUAAAAACAAAACACAAGGCGAUUCUAUCUUCGAGAAUGAGAAAGAUAAUGAAGCAUCCAUAAAUUUACUACAGUUUAUUGUUACAGGCAUUAAAAGUAGCAAAAAUAACUUAGACUUUAGCAACUGGGUCGACUUAAUUCUAUCCGUUGCGGAGUAUUAUCCAGACUUGAUAUUCCAAAUAGUUGGUGGGUUAGUUGAGUGUAUUUGCGGCAGAAUUGAUGAUGAUUUUAUUCCUCAAAUAGGCCAAUCAUCUGAUGCAUACAAUGAAUCAUUAUGCGAGCUUAUCAUUGGUUUAGAAAAAAUAUUGAUGAAAUGCCAUAAGUAUUUAGGAUAUAUAUUAUCGGAUACUUUUGGAUUCAAUAAUGUGAGUUUAUCACAUAAUAAUACAGUCAAAGACUCCGGAUUUUUUGGUUCUGUUAUACAAGGUGUGUUUCAAGUGGAAGGUACAGAAGAGAAAAACGAAGGAACUAAGAUGAAAAGAUAUUUAUUAGAAACGUUUAGAAGAAGCGUUUCAACUAUUUAUAAAGCUUGGAUUGUUUUGCAGAAUGAAAAAAACACCUUGAGAGAAGUGACAAAUCCAAGCGAUGGGAAAACAAAAAGAUACUGGUUCUCUAAGGUCAAGUUUAGGUGCCGGAAGAUUCUUGAGCAAGAGUAUUUGAUGGAACCUUUGGAGACGAUAGAAUCAUUAAUAGAAAACUGGAAAGACUCAGAAUGGGGUCAAGAUGAUGGAUUCAAGUUGUUUCAAGUACUAGACGAUUGUCAACAAAAAAUCAUUUUAAUGUACAUCAUACAGGGAAUUAUUUCAAGAGUUAAUUAUUCUUCUUUAGAGGAGGAUAAGAGGUCCAAUCUAAUAUGUAAUCUUUCGGAGAUUGAACUUAGUAACUUUUUGGUUAGUUAUAUCACGAACUUGAGGGAUGACGAAAACAUUGAAAAGUCAUGGAAUGAGCUCCAGGGUUUUUUCAAAGAUGUACUAUCUAAUGUUUCAUACUAUAAAUACAUUUAUCCGCAGCUACUUGAGUUUGUUUCCAUAGUUUCCUUGAAGUAUUUGAACACUACAGUGGGAUCCCAAAAGAAAGCUUCAAGAGAAAUUGGUGAUUUAUUUAUCAGAUUUCUUGGUAAUGUUUUGAGCAUAAAACUAGUCCCUAAUAGCACACACUCUUUUUCAAGGGCUAUAUUACAUGGCAGUUUGGAAGUGAACGACAAAGAGGAAAAGGACAAAGUAGAGACUGAUGGGAACUUAAAAGAAAAAAUAGUGUUCCGACAGGAAGUUUGUUCAAGCUUACGGAAUGUUAUCCCAAGUAUGAAAAUAUUGAUCAACGACGAUGAUAAACUAGUUUCUGCAUUUACAAAUAUCAUCACGUGUGUCAGUACAUUUAUGAAUAAAUCUGGUGGUAUCAAUUUUAAAGUACCUGAAUAUUUUAUUGACUUGCUUUUGCAAUUAGGUGCGGACGAAACAUGCAAGGAUUUGAAGGCUUGGAAAAAUCUGUGCUAUGAAAUUUUAAAUGAUGGAAAGUUGUUCAUAAAUGAGGAAGUUUUGGAGAGGGAGAAGUGGGAUUCUGUUUUACAAACAUGGAUAAGAAAUGACGAUAGUAGAUUGAGAGAUUUGAUAGUGCACAAACAAACGAUUAACAUGAAUAAGGGUAAUUCUGGAAUUUUGUUCAAUUGGAAUGAUGAAGUUGCUGUUUUGAAUGGUAAUAUUGAAUAUAUCAAAAAGAUUACCUAUUUGCUUUUGAUAAACGAAAAGGAUACCUUCCUUAACCUUAUCAAUGAUUUAUUGAUCAGAAUAGAUGGAUACCUGAGAACGUUCCAGAACUUGAGUAAACACUGUGAAGCUGAAAUUUGGAUCUUCAUAUUAAUCAGAUGUAUUGUCGUUAAGUUCAGCGAGAACCAUUUGAUUGAGAGCUGGACAAUGAUCAAUUCGUCCAUUUUCCAGAUAUUAUCAGAAGGAUACCAAAAAAUAGUUCAAGUCAAAGAUUGUGGAAAUGUUCUUGUCGAGCUUGAAGUAGAAGAAGAAGACGAGAAUGUUGGUGUUUUCAACCAAGUAUUUUUGGAAGCGUGUAAACUGCUAGAUAUUUUGGUGGUUAUCAAUUAUGAAGAGUUCCAGUUGAGUGAAUGGGUGUUUAUAUGUGAUAAUAUGGAUGGAAUCUACAAUAAUCCUGGCCAACAAGUUGGCAUUCUGGAGAAAUUGAGUAAAAACAGUGUCUUGAUAAGUGGUAGCGGUGAAUUAACUAUAGAUAACAAAGGGGUACCAAUGCUGAAAAACAUUGUCAAAAUUAAAAGUUUGAUUGACAUGAAAAGGUUUUUUGGCAUGUUGAAGAUCGAGAAGUUUGAAAAUGAUUACGAAAUGAGAGACAUAAAAUACGACGCUAUCACACAAGAUAUUUUACAUGAUUUAUUAUCAAUCUGA